AUGGCAUCCGGACACAACGAUCCCAGGCUGCUCUACGCCAUCAACGGCGUAUCAGCCUACCACAUCGCAAAUGGCAAAGAAGAGGCCUUAACGCCCGCCGGCCCGCAAACGCUGUCGCUGCUGAUGAUCUACCACCAGCCGCCGACCAGCUAUCUCAUUCCGCGAUGGGACCUGGGCCCCGGCAGCGGCGCAUUCACUCGCAUCGAGUUCCCCUCGGUGGAGAGCCGGAAGGGGAUCCAGGAGGACGUGGACACGUUCGAGACUAUCCUGGCGCAAUGCACGGCUUUCCUCGAGCGCGCGCCGCCUCCCAAGGUUGGUAAGGGCGAGAAGAGCGGGAAGAGCGCGGGCGCGUCGGCGAAGGCUGCCGAGGCCGCGGGGGAGGCUCUGCCUGCGUACAACCCUGCCGAUUUCAAGCCUGGUGAGGGAUACGCGCGGGGGAGCCAUAGCGGGGUUACGCCUGGGCAGAUCGUGCUUGUCGAUGAGGAUGACGGUAGCGUAAUAGGGGAGUUGACCGAUGGAUUCCAGCUCGUUGAGGAGAGCGGCGUGAAGCCGGGAUCUAAAGACCCUGUCGAGAUUACCCUCCCGGCUGCGGGUGGCCAGAACAUCAACGUCGCGCCCAUUUCCCAGGACCUGUACGACGCCGAGCUACACCCGGCCUACAAGAACUCCUUCCUAGUCUCGAAUGCGUCUGCCGCUUCUCGGCUCAUCAUCACCGGCUCGGACAUGCUUUCCAAGCUGCUCCACACCCAAGCCGACAGCUUCACCAAGAAAGCCCAGCCCAACGCGAAGCCCAUGACGUUCCAGCCUGCCACGCGCGAGCACAUCCGGCGCAUCAACACCUUCACGGGCGGUGCAGCCACGCUCUCAGCCAAGACAGUCGGCCAGAUCACCAAAGUCGCCCAAAACUGGGGCGCUUCCCUCGGUGGCCAUGGCACCAAGGACAGCGGGUCCACGCACAAGGGCUUCGACAAGGACGGCAAGCCGCUCGGGACGUACAAGCCGGGCCUGCUCAACAAGAGCAUGAUGGCGUUUUCGACCGUGAUGGACGGCGUCGAGCAGGCCGGGCGAAACCUGCUGACUUCGACGUCGGACGCGGCGACCACGGUGGUUACGCACAAGUGGGGGGAGGAAGCGGGCGACGUGACUAGGAGUUUGGGAGGUGGUGUCAAGAACGUCGGGUUGGUCUACAUCGAUGUGACGGGCGUCUCGCGGAGGGCGAUCCUGAAGAGUGUUGCGAAGGGUAUGGUGGUGGGCCGGACGUCGACGGGUGAUAAUAUUAUUGUUGGUGGGGGUGAUGGCGGGGAGCGGGAAGAAUCCCAAGGGAGAGAUAGAAAGAGAGAGAGAGAGAGAGAAGGAAGACACCACACAACCAUGCUCCACGAAAUCCUCCUCUCCCUCUCCGGCCACCCCUCCCCACUUCUCCGCUCCGCCGCGGCCGCGGCCGCAACAGACUCAUCAACCAACCCCCCAAGUUUGCUCAACACCAGCGCCAACAUCACCGCCAUCUCCCCGCCAGAACGGGCCCUCCUCGCUUCUCUCGCCCGUCUCAGUGAUCAGCAUGUCCACCUCCUCACGUCAACCGCGCACAUAGCUGCCAGGCACCCUUCGCUGAUCUGCCGCGCCGUGGCGUCUGCGAUUGAUGCGCUGCAUCUUGCUGCGUUCCGCGCGAAAGUGCUCGAGGUAGAGGCGACGGUGCUGAAGCGGGAUGCGGCGCUUGUGGGGGCGUAUGAUAUUGUGCCGUUGACGGCGGUGGUGGGGGAGUUUGUGGGAUGGGGGAGGAGGUUGGAGUGGUUGGGCAGGGUGGUGGAGGUCUGUACCGGGGCGAAAGUGAUGGAUUUUCUGAGGGGGGAGUUGCAGACGGGUUUGCUGCGGGUGGCUGAGGCCGCGUGGGUGAAGCAGGUUUCGGCGUGGGUGUUGUACGGGCGUGUGCCGGGGUUUGGUGAAGGGGACUUUUUUGUGAGGUAUACGUGUGACAUGUCGUUGUUACCGGGGUUCGUGACACCUGCAACGGCUGCGUCGAUGUUGUUUAUUGGGAGGUCGCUGAAUCAGAUUCGGGCUAAGAGCGCGGGCGAUUACAGUUUAAAGGGGGAGGACCAUCUAUCGACACAGUUGGCCAGGCUGGCUGCGUUGAGGCAUCCGAUUGACUCGGCGACAUUUGCGAGGACCGUGGAGGACAUCAGAAAUUUCUUGUCGAGGACAACGUUACAGCGAUUGUUACCGCUCAGCAAAGUGCUCGAGACGCUACAGUUGCUUCGGGAUUUCUUCCUGUUGCGUCGCGGGGAGUUCGCCAUGGCCCUCACGCAGCAAGCGGAUGAAAAGAUCAAGAGUCGGUGGAAGCGGGCGGAGAAUCUCGCGUAUGAGAAGCGAGACGGCUUGGCCGGCGUCACGAUGAAGGAGGGCGAGGUGGUCGCUGUCCUCACCAAGACAUGGGCGGCCAUGGGGUCUAUGCAGGGCGAGCACGCAGAAGAGGACGAAGGCUUGGAGCUAGCCCGGGACUUGCUACGGUUAUCCAUGGUUAAGUCUCGGAAUACUGCACCCGUGACUCCGGUAUCUGCGGAGGGCGACGUUCCCGUCAUCGCGCCUACACCGUUUCGGAAUCUGCUUUUCUCGGUGCCGGUCAUUUUGACCCUGCAAAUACCUUCUCCUCUGGAUCUCUUUCUCAGCCAGUCUGACCUCAAAACAUACACCGCCAUAAACUCCUACCUCCUCUCUCUACGGAGAGCGCACAUCCGCCUGACGGACUUGUGGAAGAUCACGUCCCUCAGGCGACACCACCCGGCCCCGCCAGGACCACCAUAUGGGAGUCGACCCGCUGGAAGGGAAAGGGUACAUCUAUUUCGCGAGCGCCAUGCUGUCCGAUCUAGUAUCUUGCGCAACUCGUGGGCCACAGCGAGUGCUGCUAUCUUCUUUCUCGGUGAAAUCGAAGGAUAUCUCCAGACGGAAGUUGUUGCCGGGUUAUCAGAUGGGUUUUAUCAGUGGUUGACCGCAGGGGAAGCUGGACAAAGCCAUGGCGAUGAUGAUACAGCUGAACUACGCCAGGCCACCCCUGAACCUGGAGAAGAUAUCGAAAUGGCCGACGACGACAUCUGGCUUGCAGAAUCCAACCACGCUUCCUCACCUGCCGCACUACGACCAAGUUCCCCUCAACCCCCAACCAACACCCAUCGCCACCAUGACCCUCAAACCCUCGCCAUUGCCCACCGCCUCUACCUCCGCACUCUAGUCCGACGUCUCCUUCUCUCCCAACAAUCCUUCACCGACCCGCUCUACGAGCUCCUCGUCCAAAUCGACCACCUAGUUGCGCUAGUCCACCGGAUGCACGCCGUAUGGACAGCUGCCGACCUCGAGGCCGACGCGGGCGUCGUCGAUGCCUUUGUGGACCUUGAGCGUGAGCAGCGAGAUGUGCAGCAGGAGAUUCGCGGCGUGGAAGGGAGGGUGAAGAGAGGUGUGGAGGGGCUGAUUGGGGAGUUGAGGCGGUUAGAGGGCAGUGUUGAUGGGGGGGAAGUCGAAGGGGAAGCGGUCAUGAGGGAGGCUGGGGAGUACGUGCCCCGACGAGUUGGGGGGGUGGAUAGGUUGUUGAUGAAGUUGGAUUUUGGGAGUUGGUUUGGGAGUGGUGGGGAUGAGGUGGUUGUAGGUGUGGACGAUGAUGACUUUUAG